CCCACCCAAGAGCCUGGGGGGGUGAGUGGGGGGCUCCCCUGUUUCUUGGGCCCCCCUCCUCUUCCUAGCCCCCCCCUCCUUCUUGGGGGGGGAGAGGGCAGAGGCAGGCUUGCUGAGGGGCAGGAAGGGGGGGUCGCCCACCCUCUAAGCCCCCUCCCCCCCCCAAAAAUGGAGAAGGGCAAAGGGGUCCCUGCGGCUGCAGCUGGGGGGGCUGCAGGAGGAGGAGGAGGAGGAGGAGGAGGAGGGAAGCUGCUGAUCUACACCAGCUUGGAUGCCAAGGAUGAGUUGGAAGAGAAGCUGGAAAGAUGCAUGGGGACAGUGACCUCUCUGACCGGCGGGCUCUCGGAGAGGGAAUCCAACGAUGCCUUGAACGCCCACGUGUGCAAAGGAGCCCCCCAGCACGAGGAAGUCUGCCUGGGUCUUUUCACCAUGAUCCUGACGGAGCCCGCUCAAGCCCAGAAGAGUUACCGAGACCUGGCCUUGGUGAGCCGAGACGGGUUGACCAGCAUAUUGAGCAAGAUGAACCAGAUCCUCAUGGAGAAAUACCUGAAACUGCAAGACACUUGUCGCACUCAGCUGGUUUGGCUGCUGCGCGAGAUGGUGAGGAAUGGGGUUAUCGGCAUCGACGGGAAUUGCAUGACGUUCAUGAAACAGAUCGCAGGGGGAGACGUCACCUCCAAGAACAUCUGGUUGGCCGAAAACAUCCUCGACAUACUGACGGAACAGAGGGAGUGGGUGCUCAAAAACGCCUUGCUGAUCGCCAUGUCGGUGUACACCUACCUCCGCCUCAUCGUGGACCACCAUGGCUCGCCUUCCCUGCAGGCCCUCCGUCAGAAAGAGGUGGACUUCUGCGUUUCGUUGCUCCGAGACCGGUUUAUGGAUUGCUUCAUGGUGGGCCGAGAUUUGGUGCGGCUCUUGCAAAGCGUGGCUCGGAUUCCGGAGUUCGAGCAACUUUGGAAGGACAUCAUCCAUAAUCCCCAGGCCUUAAGUCCUCAGUUCACAGGGAUGUUGCAGCUUCUGCAGUCAAGGACGUCCCGGAAAUUUCUGGCUUGUCGCCUCACCCCGGAUAUGGAGACCAAGUUGCUUUUCAUGACCUCCCGGGUGCGUUUGGGUCAGCAGAAGCGGUACCAGGACUGGUUCCAGCGCCAGUAUCUCUCUACCCCGGACAGCCAGUCCUUGCGUUGCGACCUCAUCCGUUACAUCUGCGGGGUGGUCCACCCGUCCAAUGAGGUGCUCAGUUCCGACAUCCUCCCGCGCUGGGCCAUCAUCGGCUGGCUGCUCACCACCUGCACGUCCAACGUGGCUGCUUCCAACGCCAAACUCGCCCUGUUUUACGACUGGCUGUUCUUCAACCCCGAUAAGGACAGCAUCAUGAAUAUCGAGCCCGCCAUCUUCGUCAUGUACCAUUCCAUGAAGCCUCACCCGGCCAUCACAGCUACCUUACUGGACUUCAUGUGUCGGAUCAUUCCGAAUUUUUAUCCUGCUUUGGAGGCUCACGUCCGUCAAGGCGUCUUCAACUCCCUCACCCACAUCGUGGAGAAGCGAGUCUUGGCACACCUGGCUCCUCUUUUCGAUAAUCCGAAGCUGGACCGGGAACUCCGAGCUAUGCUUAGGGAGAAGUUUCCAGAAUUUUGCACUUCUCCUUCCCCGCCGGUCGAAGUCAAAGUCGAGGAACCGACGGCCGCAGAGAUGGACAACCACAUGUCCGACCGAGACGACGGCUGCUACGACCACGCCGAAGCCGCCUUCAGCGACGAUGAGGAAGAUGUCAACAGCAAAGGAAAGAAGAGGGAAUUCCGUUUUCACCCCAUCAAAGAAGCCGCAGUGGACAUCACUCCGUUCCUGGAGCAGCUGGACGAGUCCCUCAAAGAUAAAAUCCUGCUCUUACAGAAGGGGAGCGAUACCGAAGCGCAGUGUGAAGCCAUGCAGGAAAUUGUGGAUCAAGUCUUGGAGGAGGACUUUGAUCAGGAGCAGCUCUCGGUCCUGGCGUCCUGCUUACAGGAGCUGUUCAAAGCUCAUUUCCGCGGGGAGGUUUUGCCCGAAGAAAUCACGGAAGAGUCUCUGGAAGAAUCUGUAGGAAAGCCGCUUUACUUAAUAUUUAGGAACCUCUGCCAGAUGCAGGAAGACAACAGCAGCUUCUCGGUCCUGCUGGAUCUCCUCUCGGAGCUCUACCAGAAGCAGCCCAAGAUCGGGUACCACCUGCUCUACUACUUAAAAGCCAGCAAAGCGGCCGCCGGGAAGAUGAACCUGUAUGAGUCCUUCGCUCAGGCCACCCAGCUGGGCGACCUCCACACCUGCCUGAUGAUGGACAUGAAGGCCUGCCAGGAGGACGACAUCCGGCUCCUCUGCUACCUCACGCCUUCCAUCUACACGGAGUUCCCCGACGAGACCCUCCGAAGCGGGGAGCUGUUAAACAUGAUUGUCGCUGUCAUCGACUCAGCGCAGCUCCAGGAACUGGUGUGUCACGUGAUGAUGGGGAAUUUGGUGAUGUUCCGGAAAGAUUCGGUCCUUAAUAUUCUGAUUCAGAGCUUGGAGUGGGAAACCUUUGAGCAAUAUUGCACCUGGCAGCUUUUUCUGGCUCACAACAUUCCCCUGGAAACCAUCAUCCCCAUCCUUCAGCACCUCAAGUACAAAGAACAUCCCGAGGCUCUGUCCUGCCUACUUUUGCAACUGAGAAGGGAAAAGCCGACGGAAGAAAUGGUGAAGAUGGUGCUGAGCCGGCCUUGUCAUCCGGACGACCAGUUCACCACCAGUAUCCUCCGCCACUGGUGCAUCAAACAUGAGAACCACCUAAUCGAGCACAUCAAAUCCCUCCUGAUCAAGAAUAACAGCCUCCCCCGGAAACGGCAGAGCCUCCGCAGCUCCAGCAGCAAACUGGCCCAGCUGACUUUGGAACAGAUCUUGGAACAUCUGGAUAACCUCCGCCUGAAUCUGACCAACACCAAGCAGAGCUUUUUCAGCCAGCCCCCAAUCCUCCAAUCUUUGCAGCACGUCCAAUGCAGCUGCGAUGAAGCACACAAGAUGAAGUUCAGUGACCUCUUUUCCCUGGCCGAAGAGUACGAAGACUCGUCCAGCAAACUGCCCAAGAGUCGAAGGAAGGCCGCCCUCUCCAGCCCCCGCAGCCGGAAGAACGCGGCCCAGCAGCCCCCCAACAACGAGGAGGAGUCGGCCUCCAGCAGCGCCUCGGAAGAGGAAGACGCCAAACCGAAACCCACCAAGCGGAAGCGGAAAGGAUCCUCGGCCGUUGGCUCAGACAGCGACUGAGCGGUGGGGGGGGGGCGCGUGGGGGUCCCGACGGCGGGGCCCACCUCUGCGCCAUCUCCCCACACCCCCCUCAAAGCCGCCCUUUGGGGCAAGGGACUGCUCAGCCGCGCCCCCCCCCUCCCCAGAUCGAAUCAGAUCCGGCCAGGCGGACACAACCGCCGGAGGACGGACGGACGAGGCCGCGGAAGGAUGUUCUCCCCCCCCCCCCGGUGGUGGGUCCUCGGGCCGGGGGGGUGUUGCUCCGUCCCGUCCCCCCAGGAAAGUGGGUGUCACACCCUCGCUGUGCCCCCCUCCCUCCAGCUGUGGGGCAGCAGCAGCGGCGACGAAGGGAGGAGGCCAAAAUCCAGAAACCAGAUCAAGAAAGGAAGCUCCAAUUUUCGGGAUGUAAAUAAACCUGUGAACUGCCGUGAUCGCCAAUUGGUGCUUCUCCCGAGGAAAACUUGG